AUGAGUUUCCGGAGGUUUGUGAACCUGGUGGCGAGCGACUGCGCCAAAAACAACUACACGCUGCGCCGCAUCGACAUGUCCCGUUUUUUCCUCCCCACCAAGGACGGGAGUGGGAGGUCACUGCUUGGCCUGGACCCGCCACCAGUGGAGGACUGUCGCCUGCCUGAUGCCACCAUGAACUUCGACCCUCCCCAGCGCGUCGACUCCCACGACAAGAUGGACUUCAUGCUCCUGAAGAACAAGGUGGUGGCCACGAACGAGAACGGCCACGCCGUGAUGUACGACCCCGACAUGCCCGCGUUCCACCACUUGCCCUUGUCGUUCGCCAAGCACAAAUAUCUCCCCAUCUCCAUCGCCGUCGGCAACAACCUCUACAUCCUCGACAGGCAGACCAGCUUCAAUAAUGGCAACAGCUGCCGGAGCUUCGAGGCACUCGUCUACCGCCCACUGAUCCCGCAUGAGCACGGGUGGGAGUGGCGCACUCUCCCGCCAAUGCCGCCGCCCCGUUUCGCCAGGAACGACGGUGACAGAGACCGCACCUGCGUCACAUCCCUGGCGGCAGUUCAAGGCGGCCGCCGGCGCGGCACCCAUAUCUGGGUAUCCGCCAUGGGCGGUGGCGCCGCCGCCGACGGCGCCUGCACCUACUCGUUCGACACGCGGAAGCGCGUCUGGAGCAACCCCGCGGAUUGGUCGCUGCCGUUCUGCGGCGUCGCGGAGUACGUUCCGGAGCUCCAAAAGCUAUGGUUUAGCAUCUCGUCCAGGGACCAGGGCAGCGUGCUCUGCGCGUCGGACCUCGCCGCGGCCUCCUUCUCGCAGGAGCAUUGCCGUCCGCCGGUGCUGCACGAAGUUUUCGACGACGACGUGGCAGGUUCGCACAAGGGGUGGCGUCUGCUAACGUCCCACGCCGUGCACCUCGGUUCUGGCAAGUUCUGCAUUGCUAGGUUCUUCGACCGAAGUAGUCCAAACAUCCACCGAUUUGAGCUCUGGGACGACUGCAUCGUGUUUGCUGGCGUGGAGGUGCUCAGCUGCGACGGGAAGCUCCACAUGGUGAAACACAGGUCGGAACGUUACAUGUUCCUUGACGAAGAGCUCCACGUUGUGCUUUAG